CGGCCGCCGCGAAGUCCUUGGGCGCCGCGGACGGACGGUCGGCAUGGCAGCGCCCAGGAGCCCCCCGGCGGCGCGGGAGCGGCCUCGAGCCCCAGCUGCAGGCAGUGGCCCGGUUCACUCCUGGGUCCUGGUUGCUGGUCAAGCCUUGGAGGUGGCAUGGAGAACAGCCAAGGGGUCCGUGGGCCUGGUGACAUCCAUCCUGAUGGCGGCCCUCUGCUACCUGCGGGGGCUGCAGCUGUCUUCAGGGCACCAGCUGAAGUGGUGGAUUGGCUACCUGCAGAGAAAAUUCAAAAGGAACCUGAGCGUGGAGGCGGAGGUUGAUCUGCUCAGCUACUGCGCCCGAGAGUGGAGAGGAGAGAGUCCCCAGGCCUCGCUGAUGAAGAAGGCUUACGUAGAGCUGUCCCGGCGGUGCCACAUCAAAUGCAUCCGGCCAGUCAGAAGUGACCACUACACGGCGCUGAGGGCGGUGCUGUUCCAGGUGCUCAGCCAGGGCCUCCCGCUCCCCUCCUGGACCAAGGAGAAGGACAUGGUGAAGCUUCCCGAGAAGCUGCUCUUCUCGCAAGGCUGCAACUGGCUCCAGCAAUACAGCUUCGGCCCCGAGAAGUACACAGGCACGAAUGUGUUUGGAAAGUUGCGUAAAUGCGUGGAGUUGCUGAAGACCCAGUGGACCGAGUUCAGUGGGGUCAGAGACCAGCACAAACGAGGAAGGAUGUGCAAUGUCCUUUUCUCCGAUGCCAUCCUGGAGUUCAAGCUCUACGAAGCCUUGAAGUUCCUCAUGCUCUGUCAAGUCACCGAAGUUUACGAACAAAUGAAGAUGAAGAAGGUCGUCCCCCCUCUCUUCCGAAUCCUCUUCUCCCGGGAAACCUCCCCGGACCCCCUAAGCUUCAUGAUGAAUCACCUGAAUUCCGUGGGCGACACUUGUGGACUCGAGCAGAUGGAUCUGUUUAUCCUUGGACACUCCCUGGAAGUGAAGAUAAAAGUGUUCCGACCGUUCCGGUUUAACUGCAGGGACUUUGAGGUCUGCUACCCAGAGGAGCCUCCCCGGGAGUGGCCACUGGUCCCCCUGCUGACCGAGAAUGACUGCCACUACCACAUCCCCGUCUUCUAG